UUUAGCCUAUGUAAAACGUACACUAUAGAUUUUUAGAAAAAAUAAAGAAUGCAAUAUCGUAAAAAAGCGAGUACCAUGAUUUAUAGAUCCAUUCCUAUUAUAUUAACCAGAGGGAACUUUUAUAAAUGUUAUGUUGUUAAAGUAUUAACAAUGUAUAAACGUAAUUACUUCUGGUUAACUUCACUCGCUGCACAAAAAUGGCAAUUCAUUAAUUUCAUAGUAUUAAUUUUCUCUUUACAGUAUUACAUCAUUCCUUCCUAUUAUUAUAUUUUUGGAACUCAAAAUUAAUAAAAAUUCUAGUACAAAAUAAAAGCAUGAAAUGUAAACAGAAAUUGUAGUUAAUGACCAAUUAACAAAUAUAAAUUUAUCAUCGUUAAUAAUGCCGUACAAUAUCAACUGAAAGGUAUACUUAAAUUUGUAAUAAGACGAUGAACGUCGGCGAAAGAAUCGAUAUUGAUAAACCAUUAUGGGAUCAGUCUACGUAUAUUGGUAGACUGAAACAUUUCGCUUUCAUUACUGAUUGCCGUAUGAUUUUUGUGAACGAUCAGAAAUUAAGAGAAGCUAAACAAUUCUGUGAUGAUUACAAAAGAGGCAAUAUACCUCCUGGAACACGAAUGUCCGAUGUUAUUCGUGCAAAACAACUCAGAGACGGUGCAUUUCAUCCACAAACUGGUGAAUUAGUACCCGUUGUUACUAGAUUGUCCUUUCAAAUGCCUACUUCGGUUAUACUUACGGCGUCUAUGUUAGCGUGUCAAAAAAGUACCCUUGCUAUAAUAAUAAUUCAAGCAGUAAAUCAAAUACAUAAUGCUAUUGUAAAUGACGUGUACAAAAGUAAACUAAAUGGCGAUGAUAAAAGUGUAAAAAAAGCUUAUUUAUGUGCAGUUGCAACAGGCUCUAUCAUGACUAUUUGUUGCAAAAGAAUAUUGGCUCAAAAAUCAUAUACUUUUACUAGGUGUUUACCAUUUUGUGCAGUGACUACUGGUCACAUAAUAAAUUUGCCAGUCAUACGUUACAAAGAGAUCACAACAGGAAUUCCAAUAUACAUGAAAGACAAAACAGAACCUUUCAUGAAAUCAAAAGUAGCAGCUGUAAAAAGUAUUUGUGAAUGUUUAGUCUCAAGAAUAGCUAUGUCCAUACCAUGCUUUCUUCUCAUUCCAAUCAUCACUCAGAAACUUAUGCCCUAUUGUUUUUCUCAGCAUCGACCAUGGAUCUUAAUUCCAAUUCAAACUGGUUUAUGUGCUAUAGGCUGCAUAUUUGCAAUUCCAUCCGCCCUUGCGAUUUUCCCCGAACGAAACUCUAUGAGUCCGAUAUUGAUGAAGUUGUAUCCAUCCGAAUAUGAAGAGUUUAAGGAACAUGCGAAAGAACAUAUAGACAAAGUGUAUUAUAAUAAAGGUAUAUAACAUGUCCAUUUGUACCUUUUUUUGAUUUUGUUA